AUGACCACACUGUCGGAGGAAGCGGUUGCAGGUCAAGCCAUUGCACUUGCACAACCGUCUCCACAAAACACUGGGCAGUCCUCGAGCAUCCCGUUCAAUGUUACCGGUCACUCCACAAUGGGGUUUCCUCGAAAGCGCACGGUCUGGGAGUGGUGCAUGGGAAAGCCAAAGAUCCAAUCAAACACCCUUAUUGAGUCGUAUGCUCCACGGACCGAGGCCGAAGUCCGCGAGCAAGAAGAGCACAUACGCUCUCAAAUUCCGCCUCUGGCUUUGAAUAGAGUCCCCAGGUGA